GGCGCAAACAGCCAGCCCAAAAACGAACGCGCGGCCAUGUUGAAUUUCCGAGAUUCUGAAAGAAGAGACAAAAGAGCGACAACUCGGUGGAUUUCUGUAAACAGCGAGUAUUUAGCAAACUCAAUGAAACUGCCGAUAUAACACUGAGCAACGACACAACGAGGAACACUGUGGGUGGAUGUAGCAAAGCCAAUGUAGCAUCUUACUCCGACUGGGUAACCUGGAUUGUUUGUUGGACUGGGAAUCCCCAAAGCACUUUGCAGCCUGCCAUCUCAACUGUUGCUGCAGAAGUAAAGGAAACUGGAACAAGUAAACCACAGACAUUUAAAGUGGGCUGUCCAUGAUUUCUGGAGUGAUUUUUCUGAGCCAGUAUUAAGCCCCAGCAAAGACAUUUGAACACUUUCAAUGUCCAAGGAACAAUUUAUAUUAAAAGUCUGAGACGUGACCAAGCAGAUCAUAUUGCUUCUUGCCUCUCGCAAUUUUGAAUGUAUAAACCUAGCACUGGGACUUAAAAAGCCAAGCAAAGAUACCUGAAGAACACAGCAACAUUUCUGGAUCAUCAUUACAGCGAGGAUCAAAGGACUCUUGACAAACUUUUUGAAAGAAAAUGAGAGGGGUUUUUUGGUCACAUGUUUGAUUUAUUUAUUCAUAUGAAUGUUACUUUCUCCCUUUUUUGGAGAGUGGUCUUGUAAAUAGACAUAAUUCAUACACAGACUUCUUCUUUUCAAGAGGUCUGAACGUCCGAUUGUGGACACAAUACAUUCUUAAGAGAGGAAAGAUAGAGAAAAAGUUGUAUUUUUUCAGCUUUUAGGGUUUGGUUUUUUACACACAGGUGCAUUAAUCAAAACAGUUGCAAGAAAAAGACGCAGAUAUAAAUAUAACACAGUUGAGACGUUGAUCCCAUGGCUACAGCAAGGACAGCAAACCCAGCGCCAAUGAUUGGAUUGAAUAAACCAGCAAAUGGGCAGUUCAGAGGACAGACUAAGCCAGCUGGGCAACUGCCAGGACUCCUUGCACCUGCCCAGCAGCCCAGUGGCCCCAUGAGAAUGACCAGCAUUCCUCAAAGCAGUGGGGGCAUCAAGUUUGGCGAUGACUGGAAGAAGUCCCUGGAGCUUCCUCCCAAAGAUACCCGGAUGAGAACUUCGGAUGUGACAUCAACCAAGGGAAAUGAAUUUGAAGACUACUGCCUGAAGCGGGAACUUCUAAUGGGGAUCUUUGAAAUGGGAUGGGAGAAACCCUCCCCUAUCCAGGAGGAAAGUAUCCCCAUCGCUCUGUCAGGCAGAGAUAUCCUGGCUCGGGCAAAGAAUGGCACAGGGAAAAGUGGAGCCUACCUCAUCCCUCUCCUGGAAAGAAUAGACCUGAAAAAGGAUUUCAUCCAAGCCAUAGUAUUGGUGCCAACAAGAGAGUUGGCCCUACAGGUGAGCCAAAUCAGCAUUCAGAUCAGCAAGCACCUCGGAGGGGUCAAGGUCAUGGCUACCACAGGUGGCACCAACUUGAGGGAUGACAUAAUGCGUCUUGAUGAGACAGUGCAUGUAGUGAUUGCUACACCAGGCAGGAUACUAGACCUGAUCAAGAAGGGUGUGGCAAAAGUGGAGAGGGCCCAAAUGAUAGUCAUGGAUGAGGCAGAUAAACUGCUGUCCCAGGACUUUGUGGUCAUAAUUGAAGAUAUUAUCAGCUUCUUUCCAAAGGAACGUCAGAUCCUGCUUUACUCUGCCACUUUUCCCAUCAGUGUGCAAAAAUUCAUGAGCAAGCACCUGAAGAAGCCUUACGAGAUCAACCUGAUGGAGGAGCUGACGUUGAAGGGCAUCACUCAGUACUAUGCCUAUGUGACUGAAAGACAGAAGGUCCACUGUCUCAACACACUCUUUUCCAGGCUUCAGAUCAAUCAGUCGAUCAUCUUCUGUAACUCCACCCAGAGGGUUGAGCUUCUGGCCAAGAAAAUCACCCAACUGGGCUAUUCUUGCUUCUACAUUCAUGCAAAAAUGAUGCAGGAAUACAGGAACCGCGUGUUCCACGACUUCAGGAAUGGAUUGUGCAGGAACCUGGUCUGCACAGACCUUUUCACAAGGGGAAUCGACAUCCAGGCUGUGAAUGUGGUCAUCAAUUUUGACUUCCCCAAAAGCGCAGAGACCUACCUGCACCGCAUUGGCAGAUCAGGGCGUUUUGGUCACCUGGGUCUGGCUAUCAAUCUGAUAACCUGUGACGACCGCUACAACCUGAAGAACAUCGAGGAUCAACUGGUUACUGAAAUUAAGCCCAUCCCAGGCAGCAUCGAUAAGAGCCUGUAUGUGGCAGAGUUUCACUCUGUUGACCCAGAUGAUGAGGAGGAUGAUGAUGGCAUCGAAGGUGGAGCCAAAAUCAAGGAACUGUGAACAGUCUGAAUGGUGAAACUUGGUGCCUGGCAUUCGUCACAAUACUUUUGAUGCUUCACACAAGAUUCCAAGUGAAAAUUUCUGUUCUCCACUUGGCCACCAAAAUGGUCUAAUUGAGAUAUCUUGUCAUUUCCUGUUUGAGUUUAAAGCCAUCUCCAGUUCUGUCUGUGCAUAUGCUACUAAACUAUCUUCCCAACUGAAAAUUACACUUUUACUAAUCAAAUUUACUUUCUGCUGUGCUGCCAGAAAUGGUCACAUACAUGUGGUAUGGGCUACUGGUGAAAGUAUCAUUUAACUCAGCAACUCUCAAAAGAUGUAUACUGUGAUUAAUGGUAUUUGUACUGCGAUGAUGAAAUGAAAAUGUAAAACCAAAGUUAGACUUGGAGGAACAAACACAACUCAUGUCUUUGCUCUACAGAUGUACUUAAUAUGGCCAUGGUCACAUCCUGUUAACAUGCCUUUUAAGCAGAUGCUUUUACAAAAAACAAAUCUACAUUCAGUUGCUACUUUAUUAGAUACACCAUUUUAAUACUGGAACAAAUUGCUUGAGAUUUAGGGGGAUUCAACAAGGUCCAGGAAACAUUCCUUAGACAGGCUGGAUUAUGUUGACAUGAUAAUGUCCUGCAGUUGGUGCUGAUUUUGUUAAAACGCGUCAUCUUGUGACAUGGUCGCCGACGAAAAGACUCUCACGUUUAAGUAAUCAUCAUUUUGUAUUAAGUGGCCUAAAGUGUGCCAAAAAGAUAGGAAUACCUUGACACUGCCACCACCAGCCUAAAAUGUUGAUGGAUUCAAAUUGUUUACACCCAAUUCUGUCCAUACGAUCUGUGAGAAUCAACAUUUGCAAGACUAAGCUACAUUUUUCCAAUAAUGUGAAGUUUUGGUGAGCCCAUCUCACCAGCCUCAGUUUUUUUUUUUUUUAAACAUCCACUGUUCAAGUGGUUAUUUGUUACUAUUGCCCUCCUGCUGCUCGAACAAUCAUUCCACAGUUGUAAGUCACUGAGGUCACAUUUUUUUUUCCCCAAUUCUGAUGUUUGGUCUGAACACUUACCUGUUUUGACCAUGUUUGCAUGGUUUAUAUGCAUUAAGUGGCUUAUUAGAUAUUGUGCAUCAAUGUGCAGGGCUACCUAAUAAUGGGGCAACUGGAUGAAGUUUGUUUUUUAGCUUUGGCCAUCAAUUCUGUUUUCCCACCAAAUUAAAAUCCUUCAAAAGGGAACCAAAGUUGGAAGAGAAGACAGUUACGUCAGAAUAUGAAUGGCUUCAGACACCAAAAUGACCAAGAGGGCUGCUGUGGUGCUCCAGUACAGAUCACCAGAAAUGGUGUUGCUGAUAAGGAACUUGCUAGUCUUUUUUUGUAUUGAAGUGUUUACAGCAGAAAUAAGAGAUUUAUAAAUGCCAGUAUAAUGUCAGUGACACCAGUGCAUUUUGUGAAAGCACCGUUUAAUAUUUGAUAUCAAGUCUGUAUUUCUUGUUCCCUUUCAAAGCCAUAGCAAGCCAGGUCAGGUCUUGAGGUUGUCGGUAAAUAACAUGACAGGAUGAGCGGGGUGUUCGUUAACUUUGUCUCAGACUCAUCUACUUGUUCAGUCAUGUUAAUGUAUUUUGUGUCCCUGAUUACCUCCAAAGUGCCUUAGUCUGUCAAACCUCUACAUCACCCAGGCUCUUGUUCCAACUUUGUGUUGUACCUAAAAUGGCAUCCAAUUAACCUGUUAGUUAUUCAGUUGUGAAAAAACAGUGACAGUCUGAGAUGUUGAGUUUUCCUUGUUUGUAACUGAUGCGUUAGUCUUACGAGAUAUUGUAAGUAUGACCAGCUACAACUGCUCUUGGUCACUGAAUGUAUUACCGCCAUGGUGUACUUGUCUGACCACAUUGUUAGAAGAGAUGUACAUCUUGAAUUUAAAACAUAACACAUUACAUAAAUGCCAUGCACCAGCAGAGAAGGGACCACUGAGUGUGCCCUCUUCUAAAGCAUCUGAAGUAUUCAUUAGCCUUAACUUUCUCCAUGUCUGACUCUGCAGCGCCCUUUUUGAUAGAUUUUGGUUCCCCAGUUAUUUGGCCUUAUUACAGGUGACUUGAAUGAAUACAUGUAAUGUGAUGGCAAAAAAAAAAAGUAACAUUUUCCGAGUGGGUUUUUUAAACUGGUACCAUUGUGUCACAUCACUGCAUUCUGGAGAAAGAAAUACACUCAUGACUUGAUGACCAGGUUCUUUAAGUAGACAGACAGGCAAGAAUUUUCUGUUAAGUGUGAAUGCCAGCGCCUCAAAUGAAAUAAAGUCCAAAUGACUAAC